GAGCCUGAAAAAUGUGGAUUAGCGCCUGGAGCGCAGUUGGUUUCGCUGUGUAUUGGCGACAGUCGAUUAGCAAGUAUGGAGACCGGGACGGCUCUGACACGAGCGAUCCAACGAUGUACUGAAUUAUCGGUUGAUAUCGUUAAUUAUUCAUAUGGCGAAGCUACGGAUUUCCCCAAUACAGGUCGUAUAAUCUCAGCAUUGGAUCGAAUGGUCAGAAAGCAUGAUAUUAUUUUCAUUUCUUCUGCUGGCAAUAAUGGACCAGCGCUAUCGACGGGUGGGUCACCGGGUUCAACGUCCUCGUCCGCCAUAGGUGUUGGUGCGUAUCUUUCCUCAGAGAUGAUGGAGACCAUGUAUAGUAUGCGGGAAAAAAUACCAGCCACAUUGUAUCCGUGGUCAUCUCGAGGACCAACUGUAGAUGGUGCGUUAGGUGUAUCAAUAUGUGCUCCAGGGGCCGCAAUAACUGGAGUUCCGAAAUUCACUUUAAAGGGAAGUCAGCUAAUGAAUGGAACUUCAAUGAGUGCACCGAAUGCUACAGGGACUGUGGGUUGGUGUUUUUUUGGUUUAUUAUGA